AUGGGGGUGCGCAUUUGGGAAGAUAACUGGUUACCGAACCAACAAGGCUUUAAAAUGUGGUCACCAAAGCCAGUGGGCUGCGACGUUUCUCAUGUCUUUGAGUUGAUUGAUUUCUCAUCUGGUUUAUGGAAACGUGACAUAUUGCAGCGGCUGUUCUUACCCUUUGAGGCCUUGCAGAUUGAGCAGAUCCCCUUAUCGUCUAUGGAGAAUGAUGAUCAGCUAGUGUGGGCAGACUCACCGACGGGCUUCUUCACUGUGAAGUCAGCGUACCACUGCAUUCGUACUUGGAAGGAGCAGGAAAAUACAUCUCCAUCAGUAGCGACUUCUGACCAUGUAUGGAAGAAAUUAUGGAAAAUGCAAGUGUUGCCUCGGUUUGCUCAUUUUCUGUGGAGGGCUUUAAAAGGAGUUAUCCCAACCCGCCAGAAACUUUGGAAUAAGGGGGUUAGGUGUCCAAUGUUUUGCCCCAGGUGUGAUAAUGCGACAGAGACAGUAGAGCAUGCUUUGAGGGACUGCCCUUGGUUCAGGAGAGUAUGGUUUGCAUCGCCCCUGGGUUUUUCGUGGCCAAAUGUAGUGGACCAAUCUUUCAGUGCUUGGUGCCAUGAAGUGAUAAUUUCUGCUCCACAGGAAGUAGGGGAGAUUUUUGCCACAGUCUGUUAUCAUAUAUGGAAAGCACGGAACCUGCUCUGUUUUGAAGGGAAGGAUACUUCAGAGCGAAUGGUGGUGUCUCAUGCUAUGGAAACUCUAACAGAAUUUCAGGAAACUCAGAAACAGGUUCGGGUUGCUGCUGUGAAUGCUAAUCAAAGGUCUGGUAAGCUAUGGCGUGCUCCGGAAAGUGGUGUUCUAAAAGUGAAUGUUGACGCCUCUGGUUCUGGUUCACGUUGGGGGCUAGCUGUGGUGGUUCGUAACUCGUUUGGGAAUGUGGUGGCAGCUGCUACCAAGGCCAUGCAUGUGGAGUUGGGACCAGAGUAUGCGGAGGUGUGUGCAAUUCAAUUUGGGAUGUCAUUUGCUCUUGAACGUGGGUUUUCUGAAAUAGCACUAUAG